UCGACCCUCAAACGUAAAUUAGGUUAUGUUUAUUGACAGUUUCUCAUUUUUAAUAAUUUGGCCGGUAACUAAAACAAGUUUUGUUUUGUGCAAUAGUUGUUGAAGAACGAGUUAAUAAAAUAUUGAUCAAACGAGGAAUAAAUUGUUGAAGUUAAUUUUGAUAUUUGUGAGACGUCUUUUGAAUUCAAGUCAAAACAAGACACAAGGAAAAUAUUUAGAGAUUGUUCAAGAACGAGUUAUGAAUUAUUGAUCAAACGAGAAUUAAUUUGUUGGAAGUUAAUAUUGAGGUUCUUUAUAAUUCAAGUUAAAGAUUUUACUGCACCAGAAAAAUAUUUAGAAUAGUAUGCAACAUGGCACAUCAGCACGAAUGGCUCUCUUUGCUUAGAAAAGCUGAAAAAUCUUCCAUGAUCCAAGAUAAAGUCAAAAAAAUACAUUACAAAUUCAAUGAUGGCAGAGAAAUGGUCGAAGAAUAUAACACCGAAACCAACGUCUUAUCUAGAAGAGCUUGGAAAAAAAACACUGAACUAGGCGGUCAAGGCAAAUGGGUCAUAGAACUAGGAGAACCCUUACCACAACAAAUUCAAGCCCCCGACACCACAGGAAUAGUAGAAAGCAAUACCGAACCCACUAUUUUAAAACGUAUGACUCGAAUAAAUAUAGAAUGGAGAAUCAGAAAUCUACCUUAUCCAUUAGGCACAUACGCUGUUUCAGCAGAUGCAAAUAAAGAUCGUAUCAUUGUUCGAACAACUAAUAAAAAAUAUUACAAAGAAAUUGAAGUGCCUGAAUUGAAACGGACAGGAUUGAAACCUGAGCAGAGUAGAAUUCAAAUAAAUCAUCAAUUUAAUACUUUAAUAAUUACUUAUAAAAAACCACCGGAGGUGAUUGAAUUGGAGAAGGCUACUCAAGGUAUAAUCGCUGAGGCAAAGAGUGUUCGAGGAAGUGGAGGAGGAGGUGAUAUGGACUGCAAACCGAGUUGAAUAUAAAAUAUAAUAAGAUAUUACAAUUGUCAGGAAACUAAAGU